AUGGAUGUCAGUCAGUCAACGAAGCUGAAUUUCUUAGAUCAUGAGUGGGGGAUUGUGGACCGAGACUUAGGAAAGCGGCAGCAGCAGAAGCUUCUUCUCCUGAAGAACGCUACAGAAAAGAAAGAAAACUGCACACUCCCUGCGCAGGCAUUACCCUGUUCAGGUUCAAAGGGACUUUCUCAGCCUGGUCCCGGUUAG